AUGAGGUUCACGUUCCCUCUCAUGGCCAUUGGCCUGGAAGUUGUCAUGAUUGUUUUAUUUGCAUUAUUUGUUCAGUAUGACACGGGUUCGAACAAUUUCGGCAAAGUCAACAGCACCGAGUCACCUGCCAUAGAUGUGGAAACAUCCAUGGACUUGUAUCCUCACUUCCAAGAUGUGCACGUUAUGGUAUUCGCUGGGUUCGGCUUCCUCAUGACCUUCUUGCGGAAAUAUGGCUUCAGUGGUGUGGGCUUCAACCUACUCAUUGCUGCUCUGGGACUCCAAUGGGGCACUUUUAUACAGGGGAUCUUUUAUAGCCACGGACAGAAAUUCCAGAUAGAAAUCAAAAGCAUGAUAAAUGCAGACUUCAGUACAGUCGCAGUUCUGAUUUCUUUUGGAGCUGUCCUGGGAAAAACAAGUCCAAUCCAGAUGUUGAUCAUGACAAUUUUAGAAAUUACUAUCUUUGCUGCCAAUGAAUAUCUGGUUUUUGAGAUAUUUUCGGCUUCUGAUAUUGGAAAAUCAAUGACCAUCCAUGCCUUUGGGGCUUACUUUGGUUUGGCUGUAGCGGGCAUCUUGUAUCGAUCAAAAUUGAAAGAAGUACAUCCCAAUGAAGAGUCUGUAUACCACUCGGACUUGUUUGCCAUGAUUGGGUCUCUUUUCUUAUGGAUAUUUUGGCCUAGCUUUAAUUCUGCCAUCGCUGAUAAUGAAAAGAAACAGUACAGGGCCAUCGUGAACACGUACUUCUCCCUCGCGGCCUCCGUGGUCACAGCCUAUGCUUGUUCCAGCCUUCUUGAGAGCCGAGGCAAGCUCAAUAUGGUUCACAUUCAGCAUGCAAGUCUGGCUGGAGGAGUAGCUGUGGGCACUUGUGCGGACAUGGAGAUUUCCCCAUAUUAUGCUAUGAUCAUCGGGAGCGUUGCGGGAGUGGUCUCCGUGUUGGGGUUCAAGUUCCUGACUCCACUUUUUGCUACUAAACUGAAGAUCCAUGACACAUGUGGGGUCCAUAACCUACAUGGCUUACCUGGUGUGAUAGGAGGGCUUGCCAGCAUCAUCAUCUUGGCCUUGGAGAACUCUGACUCGUGAAUGGCCAGUCAGGCAGCUGCGCUAGGUUCUUCCAUUGCAACAGCACUUGUUGGAGGGCUAAUCACAGGUGCAAUUCUAAAGAUACCUAUCUGGGCACAGCCAUCUGAUGAGGACUGCUAUGAUGAUUCUGUUUAUUGGGAGGUACUGUGUAGUGUUUUAAGGGUGUAUAUGAUGACUAUACUAGGCAAAGUUUUGCCCACCACAUGUCUAGAUGUCUGUGUGGCAUCCUUAUGUCAAAAUUGGUUGAACUCCCCACUUAUAGAGAGAAAUUGAAACAAUGUACCCAGAAAGACAAAAUCAGAAGCUAUGAUAUCUUGCAAAGCAGAAACUAGAUGAAGGAAAAACAGACUUUAGUUGACAAGUACCCUUUCACUCCUCCAAGAGCAAUAAGAAAGAAAAAAAAAAAAAAAGCUCCUCAUAAAAAUACAGGAAUCCUGGGCAGCCGUGUGAGAUUUUACAUCACAUGUAAGUAGAUCAAGGAGGUGGGACACGCAGGGUUGAAGAAUCUUGGUGAGGAUACAAGAAGUUCUGUGACUCACGAAACACUAGCUUUUCUCCAUCCUCCAGUUUCUACCUCUUUA